AUGGAGAAGAGGCCGAUGGAGGCCCAGGACCUGGAUGGGGAGCGGCGGCGGGAGAGAGACCUGCGGGAGAAGGCGUCGAAGGAGAUGCGCGCGAGGCAAAGUGGUAGAUCCGACCGCUACCAAGAGCAAGUGGGGCGCGAGGGGGAUUGGGGUCCUCCUCCCCCCUGGUGGAUCCAGCAGCAGGAGAGAAAGAAGAAGAAGAAGGAGAUGGCGCGUCGGCGGGAGUUGGAGCGGAAGCCAAUGGAUCACCCUAACUGUGGUGGUGGCCAUGGGGAUCCACUGGCUAAGAGGCCCAGGGCGGCUUCCGCCCCCCUGACGGUGCCGCUCCUCCCUGGAUCGAAGGGUACGGUGGACGAACCCAUUCCAGUGGAGGAUGUGCCGAAGGCCCCGGAGGUGGAAUGCUUCAAGUGCGGGCGACUUGGUCAUUUCCAGUCGCAGUGCAAGUUCAAGCCCUUGUGUGUGCUGUGCAAGGAGGAGGGACACGCAUCUGCGCACUGCCCGACGAGGGGUCGGCAGCCUUGUUUGCAGAUCAUGGGUAGCGCAAUUUCUGGGGAAGGUUUCUUUUGUCUGCAGUUCGAAGAGGAGGAGGAAUCCGAGGGUCCACGGCAGCUCUCUGUUGGCAACGCCGCCAUCCUCUCGGCUGAGCCUGGACGUCUGAGCCUGCGGAUUCUUAUCCAGGAGCUCAACCACAUGGUCACGGGGGACUGGGACUGGCAAGUCACCCAAGUAGGAGUGGACGAUUUCAUGGUGGUGUUCCCUUCAGCGGAUCUCCUGCAUAUGGCUCGGACUAGUGGCAAGCUUUUCCUUUCUAUCAACGAUAUCAUUGCUAGGGUGCGUGAUGUGGAGCAAGAGGUGAUCCCCCCGAUGGUGAUGCCAGAAGCUUGGGUGCGGCUCUACGGGAUCCCUGAGAAACACCGCAAGAUUGAGCGAAUCAAGGAGGCUUUUAAGAUGCUGGGACGCCCGAUCGUGGUCGACGAGCUUUCCCUCAUAAAGUUGGGGCCUGUGAGGAUGAAACUGGCUUGCAAGUCGCUGGCUAAACUUAACGGCACGGUCGAGGUGUGGUUUAAUCAAGAAGGGUACUAG